CCCCCUGCGCGGUGCGGCGGAGCGGCGCGCAGCCCCCGCGGGAUGGCGGGGCUGUGCCUGUGGCUGUGCCUGUGCACGGCGGCGGCGGCGGCGGAGCUGCGGCUGACCCUGCUGCACACCAACGACGUGCACGGGCGGGUGGAGGCGCAGGGCGAGGGCCCGCGGCGCUGCGCGGCGGGAGCGCCGGGAUGCUUCGGCGGCGUGGCGCGGAGAGCGGCGCGGGUGGCCGCGGAGCGGGCCGCGCACCGCAACGUGCUGCUGCUGGACGCCGGGGACCAGUACCAGGGCACCGUGUGGUUCUCCCGCUUCAAGGGCCGGGAGGCGGUCCACUUCAUGAACCUCCUGCGCUACGAUGCCAUGGCUUUAGGUAAUCAUGAGUUUGAUGAAGGUGUGAGUGGAUUAUUGGAUCCUCUUCUUAAAAAUGUGAAUUUUACAGUCCUGAGUUCAAAUAUUAAAGGGAAAACUCCAUUAGGAAAUGAAAUGAUGAAAUAUGUUCAUCCUUUUAAAAUAGUUCAUUUUGACUCAGAAUCAGUUGGAAUUGUUGGCUACACUACAAUGGAAACUUCUUUUCUUUCACAGCCAGGGGAUGAUGUAACCUUUGAAGAUGAAAUCAAAGCAUUGCAACUGCAAGUGAAUAAACUUACUGCUAUGGGAGUGAACAAAAUAAUUGCACUAGGACAUUCUGGUUUUACUGUGGAUAAAAAUAUUGCUCAAAAAGUGAAAGGAGUGGAUGUUGUGAUUGGAGGACAUACAAACACAUUUCUCUAUACAGGCACCCCACCCUCUACAGAGGUGCCAGCUGGCCCGUAUCCAUUCAUGGUUGACUCAGAUGAUGGGAGGAAGGUGCCAGUAGUACAAGCUUACGCUUAUGGAAAAUAUCUUGGUUACUUAAAUGUUACAUUUGACAAGAAAGGGGAUGUAGUUGAAGCAGUUGGAAACCCCAUUCUGCUGGACAGCAGCAUUCCUGAAGACGAGCACAUUAAGGAAGAAGUGGAAAAAUGGAGAGAAAACUUGGGGAAUUAUUCUGAAGAGAUUGGAAAAACCAAUGUUUACCUGAAUGGUACAAGCCAAGCAUGCCGUUUCCAAGAAUGUAACAUGGGAAAUUUGCUUUGUGAUGCUGUGCUUUAUGAGAACGUUGGGCGUCCGGAUAAAAGGACAUGGAACCACGUUUCAAUGUGCAUCCUGAAUGGAGGUGGAAUACGGUCACCCAUUGAUGAGCAGAGCACUAAUGGUAGCAUUACUGUGGAAGAUUUGCUGUCUGUUCUGCCAUUUGGAGGUCGUUUUGAUAUGGUUACAUUAAAAGGCUCCACACUGAAAGAAGCUUUUGAGCACAGUGUGAGGAGAUAUGGAAAAGGAAGUGGAGAGCUGCUGCAGGUUGGAGGCAUCCACGUGGUCUAUGAUCUCUCCAGAGCCCCAGGAAGCAGAGUUGUCAGCUUAGAAGUGCUUUGCACAGCGUGCCGAGUCCCAGCCUAUGUCCCACUCCAGAUGGAUGAAAUAUACAACGUGACUCUGCCAUCCUACAUGUUAUUUGGAGGAGAUGGCUACAGUAUGCUGAAAGACAAAAAUCUGGGAUACAGUAAAGGUGAACCUGAUGUUGAGGUUGUUUCCCGCUACCUCCAGAGAAUGAAGAGAGUUUACCCAGCAGUUGAAGGUCGAAUAAAAUUUUCUUCUGGAAGUCUUAUUGAAGCAAGUCUCACCCUGAUCUCUGUAUUGUUCACUGUAACAUUCUUGCACACUUGAUUUUUUGUUUGGAGGAACAUAGGAGGAGAGAUGAUACUGAGGAAGCUCUAAGAGACCUGUUCUCUUCUGUUACACCUUACAAUAAAUGAGCAGUGAGGCUGCUGCAUGUCAGCAGUGAGCAGCCCCCUACCUUGUCUUUAACCUGGUGGUGCCACUGGAACACUGUGUGCAGGGCAAGGGGGCACAAUCCAUGACUUCUCUUGGUCAGAAUCAGCAGGUACCUGAAAUUGAGGUCUCAAAAGCAAAGUUCCAGUGAAUACUUACUGCUCAAUCAUAAAACAGUGACAGUGAUAAAUUGUCAAAUCCUUUUAGCUGCUUUAGACAGUGAGUUAAGAACCUGAUUCCUGAUGUAAACAAGCUUCUAGAAAUGGAUUUAUUAUAGAUCUUUAUUCCUUUCUUUGAUCUACACUCAGGGUUAAGGUAUUCAAUUUAAUAUCUCUACUUUGCUUCCAGUUAUGUUUAUCAUACCUACAUGAAUCCCUGAAAGAGCUGGAUUAAACUUGGUGCCAUUAAAAUACUGACGUCUAUUUAAUAUGUAAUUCUAAAAAGUUUUACUGCUGAAAAAGAAAUAUCACACUUUCAUUUUCCAUUAAUAAAGGAUGCAAUGAAAGCUUGACUUGAUUUUGACCAAUUUUAGCAAAUUGAGUAUUCUUCACUCUUAAAUAUGACCAAUUUGGGGACUGUAUCUAGAGCGAGAACACAAUCUGUGAUAUUUAUAUUUCAUAUAAAUAUGCUCAAUUUUAUACGUCUUCCAGAGAACAAAGCACAGGACUGCUGCCUGUUACUCUGUAUUAGCAACAUUCCAAGAAAAUGUCAGAUACACGCAUUGACUCCUGUAGCACUUCCGGCAUCCUUUGGAAAUAGUCAGGUACUGGGGUUUUUUACAGCAUAACCUGGCUUUAUGAUAACUGUGAUUAUUCCUCUUCUAUGGGAAGGCUGUGUAUAAAAAAUAGUUGUAAGAGACACUAUGAAAUCAUAUUAAAUGCUAAAUGUACAUUGCUGAUGCUUUAUCAAUAAAUGAUUGCUUAUAAAUGAG